GUUCGUGCCCGCUAUGAGAAAGUCCUUGAGGAGGUGAACCGGUACGCUCCUCGCUACAUGGAGGAGAUGGAGUCCAUCUUUGAUCAAUCACAAGACGAGGAGCGCAAGAGGAUUGUCUUCCUCAAACAGGCCUUUCUCUCCAUCCACAAACACCUGGACAUUACUAACAAUGAGAGUGUAAGGGCUGUGUACAAUGAGCUCCACAACACACUGAUGGCCAUUGAUGAGCAUGAGGACCUUCGCUGGUGGAAAAACACCUAUGGACCUGGCAUGCCUACCGACUGGCCUCACUUUGAGGAAUGGACUCCUGAGAAGAAAACCAAAAAAGGGAAGAAAGAAGAAGAAAAGAAAGGAACAAUAGAGAGGAGCGUGAUGAUUGGAGGAGUGAGAGUAAGAGCUCUGUAUGAUUAUGUUGGCCAGGAGACAGAUGAGCUGUCAUUUAAAGCAG